CCUGCUCUCCCAGCUCAUGCACUGAUGCUGUUCCGUCCCAGUGCCUGCAGUGCUCAAAGUGCUCACAGUGCCCUCAGUGCCCACUGUGCUCUCAGUGCCCACAGUGCCCGCAGUGCCCGCAGUGCACAGGGGUCUGGCCGGGCUCCCCGAAUGCCUCCUCUUGUCUCUGCCCAGGUUUGCCCUACACCUGCCUGGAGGCUGCCACGGGAAGGGCCCUCCUGCGCCAGCACAUGGACGCCACCGGGGAGGAUCACCCGCUCAACAAGCUGCGGGUGGUGAUCGAGCCAGGUGUCAAUCCAGAUGACACGUACAACGAAACACCCUAUGAGAAGGGAUACUGCUUCGUUAGCUACUUGGCCCAUCUUGUGGGCAACCAGAGCAAGUUUGAUGCUUUCCUCCAGGCCUACGUGAACCGGUUCAAGUUCCAGAGCAUCACUGCAGAUGACACGCUCGGGUUCUUCCUGGAGUACUUCCCGGACCUGAAGGAGAAAGGCGUGGACACCAUCCCAGGUCAGCACAGCGUCAUCCUGGCCAGGGAGCUGUGCCACGUCACAGCCCCGCACCCGUGGGUGUCAUUGCUGCCCACGUCCCCCAGAGCCUGUGCUCGUGGGUUUGUGUGUUUUACUGGAGUUGCUGUUGCUGCCAGCCCAGCUCUGUCAGAGGAGCCAUGGAUGGCAGUGGCCAGCUGGGAUCAGGCCCAGCCUUAGGCAUGUGCCAGCUCAGCCUGAUUUUUUUCCAUUCAAACCCAGUCCUUGCUCUGCUGUUGGGUGCUGUUUCAUGGGGUGUCCAUGACUCAGCCUGGUGAGUCUGGUGAGCACUGGGAUCAGGCCCAGCCAGCACUCUGCACUUGGUGCAGCCUUGCUUUGGCAAGAGCUUUC